GGGACCGGACUGGGCCGAGCGGAGCCAAAUGCUGCGGGCGGCAGCGCGGGUGCUGCGCGGGGCGCGGACCCCCCCGGCGCGGGCACGCUCGGGCUCGGCGCCGGGCCCCGUUCUGGGGCUGGUGUACGAGCGGCACGGGGAGCCCGCGGGCGUCGUGCAAUUAAAGGACAUUGAGUUGGCCAAGCUGGGGGACUCUGAUGUCCAUGUCAAGAUGCUGGCAGCCCCCAUCAAUCCUGCUGACAUCAAUAUGAUCCAAGGGACCUACGCCACCCUGCCCCCACUGCCAGCAGUAGGAGGGAAUGAAGGUGUUGGGGAAGUGCUGGAGGUCGGGCGUCGUGUGGCAGCGCUGAAACCUGGGGACUGGGUCAUCCCAGCCACCAAUGCUCUUGGGACGUGGAGGACGCAGGGAGUGUUCCCCGAGGAGAGCCUGCUGAAGGUGCCCAGCGACAUCCCCGUGCUGUGCGCCGCCACGCUGAGCGUCAACCCCUGCACGGCGUUCCGCAUGCUGGCGGACUUCGAGACCCUGGCACCAGGUGACUCCGUCAUCCAGAACGCUGCCAACAGCGGCGUGGGCCAGGCUGUUAUCCAGAUUGCCAAAGCCUCCGGCAUCAAGACCAUCAAUGUGGUGAGGGACAGACCUGAUCUCCCAAAGCUGGUUGAGAGGCUGAUGGCCUUGGGUGCAGACCACGUCAUCACAGAGGAGAUGCUGAGAAAGCCAGAGAUGAAAGAGAUAUUUAAGAGCGUCCCAAAGCCUCGGCUCGCCCUGAACUGCGUCGGGGGCAAAAGCACCACGGAGAUGCUGCGGCAUCUGCAACCCAAAGGGACUAUGGUCACCUAUGGGGGGAUGGCAAAGCAGCCUUUGAUGGUGCCUGUGAGUGCCUUCAUCUUCCGGGACGUGCGGCUCCGCGGCUUCUGGAUGACACAGUGGAGGAAGGACCAUGCCCAAGACCAGGAGAGCCUGGACACCAUGAUGGACACCUUGUGCCAGCUCAUCCAGAGGGGACAGCUCACAGCACCAGCCUGCACUGAGGUCCCACUCCAGGACUACAAGGCAGCACUGGAGAAUGCCAUGAAACCUUUCAUAUCCUCCAAGCAGAUCCUUCUCCUGUGACCUCCAGCUCAUGGGCUGAGCCCUGUGCUGCUCCACCACAGCCAAGCUUUGCUGUCUUGUCCACCAACAAGAGAUGCUUAGGGGGAAAAGAAAAAACCUCCAGAUCCAUUGAUUUCACUUUAUUUUUAAACUUCUGGGUGCCCCCUUGAAGUUUGCAAAGCCUCUGCAGCUUUGCAUGGAUGGCAGCCUGGGGAAUGGUGUCUGGAGGGAGGCUGCCAUCAUUCUCUGGGUGCAAGAGGAAGCUCAGGGAGCUUGGGGCAGCAGCUCACUCUGCUCAAGGUAGCAAAAGAGCCACAGUUCCCCCUUCAUGUUUGUUUUGGGGGCUGGGGGGAACUGCACCUCCACCUCCAGCCUGGCUUAGCAGCUGUCAGUGUUGUUGUGCUGUUUGUGUUGUCCCUCAGGGUGAUUUUUGACUGCUUGUGGGUGAUUUUGCAGGGUAGCAUGGAGAUGGUUGCCUUUCUCCCAGCUGCCUCUAUCCAGUGGUGCUGCA